UUGUACUGUGAACAUGAGGAACAUGUGCAGCUGAUGGGUCUCAAGGUCUGGCAAAAAAACAAACCCCACCAAAUUAACGCUGAGAGGUGCAGCACACGCUCCUGAUAUCCUGGUAAGCCUCAGGGAUGGGCCUCGGGACCCCAGAGCUGGGCAAACAAGUGAAACGGACACUUUGGACUGUCAGCCAUCCGAGGAAUGCAGAGGCUCAUGUAACAGCACAGAGCUUGCUGAAGACCUGAGAGAACAAACAGGAAACGUUCUCAGAACGUUAACUAAUACUCUGGCUAGACAGAGCGGAAGCUGCGAGCUGCAGCAUCCAGCAUCCAUCUGAAAUCUCAGGAAAAGGUGGAGGAGAGCUGUCAUUCCCAAGGUGAUGCUGGUAACAGCAGCGGAGAGCAGACGAGGAAACGCAGAGGAAGAGGGAGAAGACGCAGCCAUGAUGGGCACACCUCUCCGGAGGAAAGCCCCGGCAUAUGAGAUGGCUGAAGCUGAACUUCACAAGGAAAGGCUCCAAGCCCUGGCGGAAAAACGGAAAAGACAAGCCGAGAUAGAGGACAAAAGAAGACAACUCGAUGAACUUGUUCUACAACUUCAACAUUUCAAGUCUAAAGCCAUGAGGGAGAGAUGGCUUCUGCAGGGGACACCAGCGGUGCCACAAGAGGAAGAGGAAGGUCGGAGGAAACAGGUCGAGCAAGAUGAACUUCACGUCAAGACACUAGAAGAUGCCAUUCACAGAUUGGAAUCAGAAAUCUGUCUUUUGGAGGAUGAAGAAUCACAGAUAUCAGCUAAAGAGCAAGUUCUCAGAGAGCGACUGCGGGAAACAGAGAGAUCUAUUGAAGAUCUACAGAAGAGUCUUCAGCAUCAAGAUGGAGAUGUGGUGAAUUACAACUGCUCCCAGAUCCCGGACCUCCCAGAACUGAACUCCCAAACUCCCGUCUCAGCUUCAGGGGAUCAGCAACCGCCAAGGAAAUCUGCAUUAUACGCCAUGGAGAUCAGUGUCGAGAAGGACCGGAAAACGGGUGCCACCAAGAUCCUCUCGGCCUCUGCGGUCAGCCCACGGGACGCUCACCAGAGGGGCGUCAAAGUCUACGACGACGGCCGCAAAGUGAUCUACGAGGUGCGUUCUGGGGGAUCUACUACACUGGAGAACGGCACGCACCCCUGGAGUCCUGGCGAGGUGGACGAGCUCAUGCAGCAAGUGGGCCAGUCCCAGCCACGAAGCGACGGAGCCCGGGUCACUGUCACACCAGCUGAGCCCCAGCCAACGGGAGGACAGCUCAGCUCCAAGCAUGACAAAAAACAAUCCCCUAGGAAAGGCUAUGAAGGCGAGGUCACGGAGACUCCACAAGCCUCCGCCGACAAACCGGUGACCAUGAUCUUCAUGGGCUACCACAGCGUCGAGGAUGAGGAGGAAUCCAAGAAGCUGCUUGGCUUUGAUGGCACCAUCAAGGCCGAGAUCGUCCUCAUCGACGAGGACGAUGAGAAAUCUCUUCGGGAGAAGACCGUCACUGAUAUCUCCACCAUCGACGGCAACGCCGCAGACCUCGUGUCGGGCCGGCCUCUGUCCGAUACCACCGAACUGUCCUCAGAAGGCAAAGAUGAAAGCUCGACCAAGGAACUGCCACCCACAGGUGGUGAGAAGGCACGUUCAGUGCUGCUGACGCCAGAGAACGGACUGUAUCCUACAGCCACGGCACGAUCUGCUGACCCUCUGAAGUCCCCUGUACUCUCAGAGGAUGACAGUGAGCUGAAAAGAGAGAGAAGCCUGAAGACUGUGAGUUUUUUCGAUUCUGUGAGUCUGAUAUCCGGUGGUGGAAGCAGUAUGGAGCUUGAAGUUCAGACCGACUCUCAUCAAAGUUAUGUGAGCAGUGGACAGAACAGAGUGAGACAUGGAGGAGAAGGAAUGGACAGCGAAGUUGCCAAGGAAAUCCUUUACCUGGACGAGGUCCUUGAGGCCAACUGUUGUGAUCCCAGGGCAGAAAUGACUUCAAAUGGGACAAGUUCCCCUGAUAUUAAGUCAAUUAGAGUUCAUGGAACAGGACCAUCUGUGCGUACUUGUGACACAGCUCCCUUACACAACCAUGAAGUUGUUUUAGAAGGGAAAAAACAGACCACUUUUGUUGAUGACAACUUCAACACCAAACCCAAUGGUCAUGCAAUGGACUGUACAAGGUCACCUGAGUCACCUAGGACAGCAAUCAAGAAAGAGGCACGUUUUGAGCUCCGACCAUUUCAUGAAGAGAAGAAACCAUCGAAACUAUUCGACCCCCCAACCGAGAAAGAAGUUCGGGUAAAGAAAGUCAGACCCUCGGAGGAGAUUGCUGAGCUAGAGAAGGAAAGGCUGGAACUUAUCCGGGGUCAAGCGGUCAAGAAGAACCCUGGAAUUGCAGCAAAAUGGUGGAACCCACCUCAGGAAAAGACACUGGAAGAGGAGCUGGAGCCAGAUCAACUGGAGUCGCUUCGAAGAUAUGAGGAGAGGAAGCAGAUGAGAACAGAAGUCAACCGUAUGCCGCAAGCUGCACCCAGACAGACAACUUCCUUUAUCCAACCUGAAAUAGCAAAUAAGGAGGAUGUUGUCAUGAAAGAGAUUGAUUUUUCUGCAGCACGAAAGCAAUUUCUGCAGAUGGAUCAUAGCAAGCAGCCCACAGCCCCUAAGAGGAAUGUGGCACCAGAGCUUUACUCUGCCAAACCUUUCUUCAGGACUCCAGAGGUCACGCAUGUAGAGAGGCCAUGCGGUUCUGUCACAGUUGCCAAUCAAGAAGGGGUCACAUUCUAUGACGGAAGUGAAGUUACUACAGUCAAAGCUGAAAAGAUUUACUGCUGCUCUGGAGAAUCUGCCAUGCCACUCAAAGAAGGUUUGGCUCAGAAUGAGUUGAAAGAUGAUGAAUUUACUUGUGCCCGGGCUGUGAUGACCAUUGUGAAGGAUGAGGACUCUGAUUUGUGUCAACGUUCUUUGAACAGCUCCUACCAUAUUGAAGAAAUUGACUCUGGGUUAGAUGACCUAUCCCUACGGUCUCAGGACACCACUGUUCUUGAGACGCUCUCCAAUGACUUCAGUAUGGACAACAUAAGUGACAGUGGUGCGUCAAAUGAGACCAUGAGUGCCUAUUUGGAAAACUCUCUUGGGGAAUACUCUUUUCCCUCAACUCCAAUGGCCACUACACCAAUCAAUGGAAAACAUGAAAGUGGAAUCAAAUCUCCAGGUGAACAGAGUGGGUCUUAUCAGGCGGAUGGCUUGACGGAAGAAGAGCUGGAAUACCAUGCAGGUAUUCUCGUCCAAAACGCUAUCCAGCAAGCUAUUGCUCAGCAGAAUGACAAGUGGGAGCCUCUUCAGGCCACACAACAUUCAUCCCCCAUCCCUGAGAGACAUGUGGGAAGUCUUGAACCACAAUCCCAUCCUUUAGUGGAGAGAUCUGCUGUAACGCCACCUCCCAAAGUGCCAUCCCCCCUAGAGGAGAAGAAAACAAUUGCUCCUCAGAUAACUGUAGUUCAAGCUGCCCAGGUUAUCCCAAUGAACACUUACAAACCUCCCAGUCCCUCUCCACCACCAAGUGAGAAACCAGAAUUCAGCUAUUUCAGUAAGUACUCUGAAGCAGCAGAGCUCAGGAGCACCGCAGCUGUCCCUCGUACUCAGGAAACGGAGGUCACCUCAGGACCGUUCAAGCUGCGCUCGCGCAAACAGAGAACCCUGUCCAUGAUCGAAGAGGAGAUUCGGGCGGCCCAAGAGCGCGAGGAAGAGUUGAAGAGACAACGACAGGCACAAACAUUGCACCCACCCCGUACACAGAAGCUAAAGUCCGGCACCCAGCCAAACAAGCUGGUCCUUGCUGGGAAGACAGCACCAGGUAAGAUAGAGAAGGUUCGUCAAGUUCCUCCAGCAUCGCCGUGCUCUUCAGAUGGAGCUCUGCCCUCGCCGCUGUCUGAUCUGGGCAGUGAUGAUUCUGGAGGACAGCGGCCCAAGAACUUCAUGCAGACUUUGAUGGAGGACUAUGAGACACACAAGGUCAAGCGCCGAGAGAAAGUUGAGGACAGCAGUUAUGUCCGCUCAGUUACAACUGAGGUUCUGGAGGCAACGCGUGUUACUCGCAGAAAAAGUAACAUGGCCCUCCGGUGGGAGGCGGGAAUCUACGCCAACCAGGAAGAGGCUGAGGAAGAAGAAGAAGAAGAGGAGGAGGAGGAGGAGGAGGAGGAAGAGUAAAUUAAAUUUCCAUUGUAUAACGAAAAGAAGUAGAACGAGAGAAAAACCAGAGGGAAAAUGUGCAACAGGACAAACACAAGUAUUUAUUGGGAAUUCAAACCCCAACAGCAAUUCUCACCUCUCUGAAGAUUUGUUUCUGGAGACUAUGGGGGAUAAAAACUUUGCUCGACAUUGAAGACUAGAGAUACUAUACCGCUUCACAUUUUCACGACCAAGUUAUUGCUUUUUCUUUUGUGCUGAUACGUUUUGAGAAAGUGGAAUGUGCAACAUUUUUUUGAGACUUUUGGCAUUUAUGUUGCAAGUAAGAUUAGUGUGAAGAUCACAUUGAAUUUGGAAUUUGAAAAAAAGAAUGGAAAGUAUGGGAUAAUACUAUGUUAUUAGUAUGACAACUGAUUUCUAGCUAGAUUAUUGACAUUUGGACUGGUGCCAUGUAUUAUAUGAAUUCAGCCGUGAGCCCAUUUAGAAAGCAGAACUACACAAAUGUGUCUUGCAGUGUCCGAAAGGGCAAAGUACUUUUAUUUGUUUUCCUGUUAAUCGCAUGUUCUCAAUUGCAGGCUGUAGUGAUAGGAAGACAAAUCAUUCUCCGAAUUUUGCCAUAUAGUUCAGAGGGAAGCUUUAAUGAGGGGGACAAAUGAAAGUAGGGCACAAAUGCUCGCACCCUUGAAAGAUGUUGUGAGGUUUGUAAGAGCAGACUCUUUACCCGGACCGAUAUAACAAUAAAUCCAAGCAGAAGAGGAGGAAGCGGUAAUAACCUGCUGAGGUGGCAAUGGCUUUGUAUAGGCAGAAGCUGCUUUCUCCAUUGACAAAAGACAGGAAAUGCGUGUGAAAUUAAACUUUAAUGAUGUUGUUGCUGUUUGCAGUCGAAGGCACCUGUGUUUGGAUCGAGGUUUAGUGUAAUGCAGAACAUAUAAUGGCUGAUGUAGAUUAUUUGGGAAUGUUUAUGUUGUGUUAUGUGUAGCGCAGGAGAGCAAAAAUGAAGGAAAGAACAUGAUAUGUUAAGAAAGUAUUCACUGAAUUUUCCUUUAAUCUUAAUUUAAAAGGUUGAAUAUUUUUCGUUGCAUACCUUGGCAUUUUUGAAGCCAUUAUAAGCAGAAAUUGUUAAUGGUAUUGCAAACACUUUAUUGAUACAUAUGUACACAUGAAUGUCUGAAAUUUUGGAAUGGUUUAUUCUUUGUUCACAUUCUUAAAAAAAACAAAAAAAAAAAACAUUUGGCAAUAUAACAGAUGUUAGAGCAAGCAUCUAUACAGGACACUGACAUCAGUGGUGGACGUGCAGCGUAAAAGAGACAACGUGGACAAAUACAAGGACAAAUCUUCUUCUAUAUUUAAUCUUUGACUUCUAAUUUUUGCCUUUGGUCUGAAGCGUUUUUCAAGCCACAAACAAAGACAAUCCUACGAGCUUCAUUCAACAAUGUGGCUUUGUUGUUUUUUGUACCCUCCACAUAUAAUAUAUAUUACACAAAAGUAUUUAAUGGACUGCUGUCCUUUUAUGAGUAUACAUGAAGUAUUUGUAGUCUCUGGAUUAGAGUGGAAUAUAUUGCAUAGGUUCUUCAAAAAUACAGUUAUGCAUUGUUAUAACAUCUAUAAAGUUAGACCUACAGAACUAUAAAUGUUUCUGGAGAGGGUGCAUUGACUUUAUUUAAUGGAUGGAAACAGAUAUUUGUUGACUUUCUGAAGUGUUUGUUUGUUUGUACUGAUGCUUGAUGUGAGAUUGUGUAAUGACCAUCAGUUUUACUCGGAGCAGGAUAUUGGGUUUUUACUUGGAUUCUUUGAUAUGAGAUGAUUAUUGUUGGUGAGCAAAUAAUUUGAAUUUUAUAAGGGGAAAAUAUUUUUAUUUGAGUAGUGAGAUAUAUACAGUGUUCCUAUAAAUGGAAAAUAGUUUUGGGGGGAAAAAAUGACUGGUGUUUAGUACUAUUACAGCACAUUUAUUCAUAUAUACUGUGUUGUGUGUAUUUGAGGGCCAAGUAUGCCAUACUAUAUGCAGUUUUCAUUAGUUUGUUUAGGUGCUACAGGUAACAUUAUUAGCACAGAGUAGUUAAAGUAUUGACUGUGAUGCUGACGGGUUUUGCAUCAUGAAAUGUGCAGCGUUCAAAUGAAACGUAAAGCCAGCUUUAGUUUUCCUAAAGAUGGCAUGCUUUUGUAUUAUAACGUAUGAGAUAUGGACAAAAAAAAUGGUUGUUUUUACCUCAUAAAGUUAAAUUAUAAAAAAAUAAGCCAAUGUUCAAAUCUGCAAUAUAAUAGGAUUCCUAUGGCAUAGGAUGGUGGCCAAAUUGCUUUUAAUAUAGGAUACCAGAGGAAAAAGGAACCAUUAGAAAUUGAGCGGUCUUGCAGUUGUCGAUGUGUUAAAGCAUUAUGGCAAAAGCAUGAGCCUUUAAGGAUAUGUGGGAACAGCAGACGGGAAUUGCGAGCACAUUAGCGAAUUUUCGCUAAAUAUACGCAAAAAUAUUCAUUGUCUAUUGUCAAUAGUGUAUGAAGCAAAAUCAAGCAGCUUUCUGUUGGCUGACUGCGACAAAUUCACGUUUCUAAAUUGGAAAAAUGGAAAUCCACCCCGAUUCACCCCGUUGACCAACAGAAAGUUGUUGGUUUUAAAGCAGGGUUGCCAAGUCCACGGGUUCUACCUGGGUUGCCAGGGGUUGUUUUUUUAGUCCAGGACACCCUGGGAAUUUUGACUGAGCGGACUCCGACGGAAGAGAAAUUCGCGAAUGGAGUCGUUUUGGGCUAGUGUUGAAAAGAAACUGGGAUGGUUUUGUUCUGCAGAUCUGGCAACCCAGUUUGAAAGCGACUUUGGACACACUACUGACUACCUUUUUCUCCGUGAAAUUUCACCGAAAUGUUGCUAAUGUGAUUGCUAAAGUUUUCAACUACAAACGUACUUUAGACUUGUAGUCAAGAAUUUUCCUCGCCAGUGUCCCGUAUGCAUGACAACUACUGCGUCUGUUGCAAUAGAUUUUCAGUUUCAUUGUCAGUUUCACAGAAAACAGUGUGUGCUUUUCAAAGAAAAAAAAAAAUCUUGCCUUUAAUGAAAUCACAAGAAGUAUUGUUUUUUUUUCACAGUUUGAACCAAGUAAACAGUGUUUUUUAUCUUUACUUUUGAAGUAACACCAAAAAUACAUUGCGUGUUUUGCUCUUGUUGUUUAAAUGGUUAUGACAAAUCCAUUUGCAAAUGCUUCCUUAAAAGGUUUAUUGAGUGCUCUAGUUCACUUUGGGAGAAACCAAAGGAAUGCUGAUAUGGGGUGAUAAUGCAAUCAUGCUUUCAAAAGCCCUCUUUUGACAUGUUAACCACUUAUUGUAUGUUAAUAUUCUGCUUAUAUUGUUUUAUAGUAAUUGUAAGUCUCACUCUUACACACAUAUAUAAUUAUUUUCUCAUUAAAAAGAAAAUGUGUAAAA